CGACCUCCAGAGUUCGAAUACUCUAGAAGACUUCCUUCGACAGAACAACGUGGAUGCACCCUCUGCGUCAGGUGCACAAUGUACUUCACUUGCGAAGUUCAAAGAAAUUUUUUCUUUCUAUGUCUGUGCAUCUUCUUUCGUUGAGAUUCCACGGAGUGAUCUGAAAUACGCCGAAGCCUCCAAUUUACAAAUGCUGGAAGCAUUGGGGGUGUUGACUCCAAAGCAGAAGGCACUCGUAGAUGAGGAAACAUGGCUUCUACUUGUUGCUGGAGGAUCAGGCACAGGAAAGACAGUUGUUGUGGUAGAAAGAGCCAAGAGGCUUGCGAAAAGUUUCCCAACUGAUGACGUCUUGGUGGUGAAUCUUCCAGGGGGACAUCUGACAGAAGUCCUAAAGGAAUGUUUUCGAGAAAUGCCCUCGGGAGACAACAUCAAGGUGUUGGAUGGGAAAGAGCAAAGAAUUCCAGUGGAUCGUAAAUGGUUAUUCGAUUUUCUCAAAGAGCAAGGGGAAGGAAAACAUGUCCUACUUGAUGAAGUUCCUCUAACUUUAGGAAUCCAUGAAGAAAUGGAUGAGAAAAGUCUCUGCCAAUACUGGGAAGAAAUAUCUAGUCUCAAGAAAUGUGUAAAGAGUCUUACAUUCUCAUUUCGUUCCAUUGUUACCACUUACACAAAGGACAUUAACCUGUAUCACAUCAAGUUCGCUGACGCCCGCAUGAAUGUCCUUAAUGUUGUGAAGAGAAACACAUUACACGUAUCGGAAUUAUUCUUAGCCCUUGGUGACUAUUCACGCCGGAUAUUUGUUUGUCAAGAGCCUACCAUUCGAAAUAUGAAAUUCAUCCAUCCAGAGAUUGAAUUGCUGCCGACCUUGUUCCCCAUUCCCUCAUGCUCUUCUCUGCAUUAUCCCUGCAAGAGCAAGCCUAUUUGCGAAACCACUAGAUCCUGUAAGGCCAUUCUGACACUUUUGAAAGUGCUUGGAAUCUCACCCGAAAAGCAACUAUACGUAGUAGUGGACAGCUUGGAUCGACGAAAUUGUUUGGUGAACAUGUUUACCCAUAUGUCCAACAUGUCUGUGAAAUUCAUUGACCAACAUGGAAGAUUGCGCCAAAAGUCUGAAGUCCCUGCCAUAACAAUUGUGACAGACCAACAGAUUCUUGGAUAUCACCAGGAAAACACCAUCACCGUCAUUCUAGAUAUCUAUGGUUGUCGGUGGAAAAAUUACUCCCGCAUGAUAUCGUCUUGCCAUGAACAUGUGAUUAUUGUUAUGGAAGACGAAAGUUUGCUGAGAGGGAAAUAUUCUCAGAUAAAGGCUGCUAUGCCCGACUCAGUGGAGAAUCAGAUAGUACCAGAUUCAACAAGAAGCAUUUUCCAGGAAGGUUUGAACGAGAUUUUGAACAAAAUUUGGGAAGUGGAAGAAAAGGAGUUUACAAAUCUUGAGGAGGCAACGUUUUCUGAGAAAAAAAAUUUCCUUAACAUGAAAACCUCUGUCUUUACGCUGAAAGCACAUUCGCCCAUAAUAACGAGGACAUCAAGCCUCGCAGUAGUCUUUGGACCUCCCUCUUCGGGAAAGAGCAUGCUUUUGCUUGAAAGCAUCCACGAGCUCGCUCAGGAUCACGAAGACAAAGAAGGAAUUCUCCUUUUCCAUAUGGGAAGUACACUCAGUCAAGUGACUGCACAGCAUCUCUUUCGGGAUCAUGCAUGCGUGCACGUUGUUCGCUCAAAACCAUUUCCUCCGAAGAAAAUACUUGAACACGAUCGCGUGGAGGAAGCGAAGUGGAAGUAUGCAACACUUCAUAUUUUUAUAGAUGACUAUCCAGUUCAAGCUAAGUGCACAGAGGAAGAGAUUCAGAGCUGGAAAGAAGUCCUGAAUCAAUUGAAGAAAGACCCGCAGGUGACAGUGACGAUUGCCUUCCAGUGCCAUUCAAGUAGUGGUCGAGAGAUCAGCCAGACGGACCUGAGCUCCUAUUUCGAGAAAGAAAAGGUGACAGUGAUCGAACUAAGGUCUGGAGUUCGCCACACAAGCAAAUGGCUUCUCACUAUGAUUUAUAAGAAUGAGACUAACGCUCCAAUGCGAUUAGAAACCAAAUGCCUUCCCACAGGUUCCCGUCCUGGUGCUUUGGUUUAUGGCCCCAAACCCAAGCUCAUCGUCAUGAAUUACGAUUGCACAGGAAGUCAUAUUUCUUACAAAUGCAAGGGACAGAAAUAUUGCAUGCCCUUCAUUGGGGCGUUCUUGUGUUUUCGCUUCGCCAUGUCACUCGAGAUGAGUGGAGAUCCAGUUCACGUGCUAGUCUCAGACAGAAAGCUGAUAUCCUUUUUGCAGGCAAUUAGCAAUAUCAGAGGAAGAAACCUGAAGUUUUUCCAUCCCGAAGACUUUCGAGGGUGUGAAUCUAGUGUCUGCAUCACCAUAAAUGUUGAUGAUACAUGGCUUUUGGAAAGUAUUUCCAGAGCCCGAACGGAUCUCUUCGUCAUUGAUUGCUUACCUGAACAUCAACAAGUUUGGCAUGCUAUGCAGGAAGAGGACCAUCUAGAGAUUCAGAAUGUGAAAGAGAUUGGAGACAUGGGAUUGCCAUGGGAUGAAGAUAUCCUUCUAAACCUGAAUUCAUCCGGAAACUUCCUGGAGGAUUAUGGACCUCAAUUGCAACGUCUAUGGGAUAUCUUCAAGGACAGCAGCAUGUUGGUCGAUAUGCAACAAUUCCUCGAUAAGCUGGAGGAGAAGAACCUAAUUUCACGAGCGCAGAAAGUUGAACUGAAGGAGAAGAAACAUGCUCAAAGGAUUGAUGAUACUUUCUCCAUCUUGCAAGGGGAAAAUGGCAUGCGCGUCAACGAGAAAAUUCUGGUGAUUUUGAAAGAAAUGCACAUGGAAGAUAUCAUCCAAAAAAUGUUGCACAAGCGCGCAUAG